AUGACGGACAUGCUGUGGCCACCAUCCGACUCGGACACGUCGUGGAGCCCGCUGUCAGAGGCCGACAGUCCCGGCACGUUGUCGCCGCUGCCGUCGCUCGCCCUCGAUGACAUGGACUCGUCGGCGCUUCCCGUGUCCUCGGGCGCUAUGUCUGGUGCACUGUCCUCGGGCGUAUUGUCGUCUGGCGCACUGCUGUCCAUUGAUGCGCAGAUCCAAGCUUGGCGCAUGCCAUCUGUCGAGGCUGUGGGGGGCUUGCGACGCGACACGGUGGAGUCGAAAGAGGCACCACCGUUCACCAACAGUUUAUCGGGAGAUCUGCCCACCCCCCCGCCCCCUCCCCCCACGCCAUGGGACGUCGUGCUGCGCGCAUGCGAGACAACGCGUGCUCUAGGGUAUAUCCCCGGCACGCUGUUUGCGCUUAUUGUUCUUCCCCACCUCCUGACUUUCGCCAUGGUGUGCGCGGCCGCAACCGUGGCCAGGCGAGCUCUAGGAACCGCGCGGAUGGUGCAUCUCGGACCGGCGCUGAUUUGUGCCUUCGUCGUUGUCUAUUCUGUUAGCCAGUACAAUACACGGUCGGAUCUGGCCGACGAGAUGGCUCGCAACGCGCGUGUCAUGCUGGAGAUCCGGCGCGAACUCGCGGUUAUACGCGCACAGCUCAAAGAGGUGAACCGCGAGUGUGCGGGUGCGUCGCGGUUUGUAGGCAAAACCGUGCGCGAGCGGUCGUGGCCAACCCCGCUCCGACAUGCUCUGCACACCGUCAGCCUUGAUAUGCAAGUGUACCACACGAUCAAGGACGUUCCCCGCCUCAAACUGCUGCACGCACUGCGGAAAUCGCACCUCUGGGAGGGGAUUGCCGACCAUGAACUCGCCCGCCUGCUCCAGGUACAUCAAGACUGGUCGCUGUGUAAAGUGUUGGAGAGGUUUCCGCCCGGGCGUGUGCCAGACCACGAGUGCGUCGACGCGUCCAGGCGCGGGACGGUGUGUGCGCCGCGUAAGCCCAAGAAGGAAGGCAAGGAGUAG